AACUAAUUUACUUGUUUUAGUUGAUGCUGUGGUAGCAGUCGUUUUUGGUGUUGUUAAAUAAUAUUAUUUCAUGUUGGUUUUUAGUUAACAAUUUACAUUGAUUACAUCAAAACUUUAUUUAUAAAGAAAAGAAGCAUGUUGAGUAAUAAAGAUGCAAUAUGUCAAUAUCAAUAUAAAGACUCGGCGGAAUAUACCAAUAGCAAUUUUUUAAUUUCGUGCUACAUUUUUAAUGCUGUUUUUACACUUGCAACAAAUAGUUUCUUAAUUUUGGGUUUGCACAUAACAAUCAAAAACAAAAAGUACACGCGAAAUGAGAAGCUCAUUUUUGUUUUAUCAGUUACUGAUAUGUUAUAUGCUCUGAUAGUUUCGCCAUCUCAAACAAUAUUACUUAAACUCAUUGAUAAUUUUGGUUGCUUAGAGAUAUCUAUCAUAUCAUUUUUUCGAGUUUGGUUGUUAGGCUUAUCAAGCUCAAUUUUUAUAUUAAUUUCUUUCGAGCGUUAUCUUACUGUAUUUCAUAACAACAAAAUUUUUGGAGUUAUAAUUAAAGACUCCGAUUUAUUUGGAUACCUUUCGUUAGUUAUUAUUUUUACAUUUAGUACUGCUGUCUUUUAUAGUGUAGUGUAUGCUACAUCAAGCUUGCAUUUACAGUUUAUACUCUAUAUUGGGACUGGCUUUAUAACACUGGCUUCACUUUUUAUGAUUGUUUUUGCUAAUCUGUUAAUGCUGAUUCAAACUAAAAAAAAACUGCAAGGUAGUUCUAUUCGAUUUCAGAAAAAUAUUCAAAUUAAAAACUAUAUCACAGAAACCGUAGUAAUAAUAUCACUUACACAUGUAUUAUUUUACACACCAUGCUUGGUAGCGCAGUAUUAUUUGUCAUUUGUUUUCUCAAAAGAUGUUGUUUCUCUAAUUCCAGAAGUUCAUCGAUUAUUUAUGUGGACCCUAGUCAUAAGAGAAGUUAGUGCAUGGAUUAAUGCAUUGAUUAAUGCAUUUAGAAACAGAAAAAUUUCCAAAAUAUUUGAUUUACGAAAAAACUUACUAUUUUCAAAUUUCUAUCUAAAGACAAGAAGAGCCCAAGAAACCAUACUUGAUAGCAGAUCAACAUCUGCGAUGUAGAAAUCUUUAAACACAAUUUUAUUAACAUAACAAACUUUAUGUGUGUGUGUAUGUGUGUGUGUGUGUGUGUGUGUGUGUGUGUGUGUGUGUGUGUGUUAAAAACAAAUUUCUUUUUUCUUAAAUGAAUAGAAAUAAACGAAUUGUUACUUUAUCGUUUAUCUUUAGCAUGGUAUCCAUGUUGAAGUCCAAAAAAACAUAAGUAGAUGUCAUAAUAAAAUAUAACUGUGUUAUAAACAAAA